CAGCAAUGGCGACCUCCUCUCUUGCUCCGCCUGAGGUGCCCAUGGAGCUGCAUGCGGGCAACCGUGACCGCCUCUUAACCGCACUUCGUGCCCGCCUCUCCGCCACCGCUAGCCCUCCCCGUGGCCUUGCCCUCCUCCAGGGCGGUGAGGAGCAGACACGACACUGCACUGAUCAUCUCGAGCUGUUUAGGCAGGAGAGCUACUUUGCUUAUCUCUUCGGAGUGCGUGAGCCAGGGUUCUAUGGCGCUAUAGACAUCGCCUCUGGACAAUCGAUUUUGUUUGCUCCAAGGUUGCCACCUGACUAUGCUGUCUGGAUGGGUGAAAUAAAACCACUCCCUUAUUUUAAGGAUAGGUACAAGGUCGAUUUGGUCUUCUAUGUCGAUGAGAUUGUGCAGGUUCUGCAAGAUCGAUUCAGUCAGCAUGGAAAGCCUGUGUUGUUUCUCUUGUAUGGAAAGAGUACUGACAGCGGAAAUUACUCAAAGCCUGCUAGUUUUGAAGGGAUAGAGAAGUUUGACACCGAUUUGGGUACACUCCACCCUAUCUUAACUGAAUGUCGUGUUAUCAAAUCUGAAAUGGAGCUUGCCCUCAUUCAAUAUGCCAAUGAUGUUAGCUCAGAAGCACACAUUGAGGUUAUGAGACAGGCAAAACCAGGCAUGAAGGAAUAUCAGUUAGAAAGCAUAUUUCUUCAUCAUUCUUAUAGGUAUGGAGCCUGUCGACAUUGCUCCUACACAUGCAUAUGCGCUACCGGAGAGAAUAGUUCUAUUCUUCAUUAUGGACAUACGGCUGCUCCAAAUGACCGGACGCUGAAUGAUGGAGACAUGGCUCUAAUGGACAUGGGAGCUGAAUAUAAUUUCUAUGGCUCUGACAUCACAUGUUCAUACCCCAUAAAUGGGAAGUUCAACAGCAACCAGGCAACAGUAUACAAUUCUGUCCUUAAGGCUCAUAAUGCUGUCAUAUCACACAUGCAGCCUGGAGUAAAAUGGGUUGAUAUGCACAAGCUGGCCGAGCAGACAAUACUUGAAUCUCUCAAGAAUGAAAAGAUUAUCCAUGGUGAUAUUGCUGAUAUGAUGACUCGAAGGUUGGGUGCUGUUUUCAUGCCUCAUGGUCUUGGGCACUUGCUUGGAAUUGACACCCAUGAUCCCGGAGGCUACCCUGAGGGCUUAGAGAGGCCAAAGGAGCCAGGACUGAGCUCCUUGCGGACCAUAAGAGAACUUAAAGAAGGCAUGGUUAUUACGGUUGAGCCAGGCUGUUAUUUCAUCGAUGCUUUGCUGCGGCCUGCCAGGGAUGAUCCAGUUUCCUCAAAAUUCUUCAACUGGGAAGAGAUUGAGAAGUACAAAAGUUUUGGUGGUGUUCGUAUUGAAAGUGAUCUGUAUGUGACGGCACAAGGAUGCAAGAACCUGACAAACUGCCCCCGGGAGACCUGGGAAAUCGAAGCGGUAAUGGCUGGCGCGCCAUGGCCUCCACGUGCUUCCGUGACAAGAGCAGAGAACGGACUGCCCAAAGCCUGAGCACUCGCUUGUUUGAUGCUCCCUGGGUGAAACAUAACCGUAAUAAUUGAAUAAAUGAAGUAUAGGAUACUUUAAUAAGUGGGUGAUGGUUUCAUAUGCUGUGCUGUUGGUUUGGUUUGAGUUUGAGGAUAAAUUGGCAUCUUAAGUUCUAGAUCUGGUGAAGUCAGUUAGUUGUAGCUGUCCUAUGUGGACUCGAAAGGUUGAAGGCUCUUGCAGUUAGUUCGACCGUCUCUGUUGAGAACCAGCAACGCUAUUUAUCAUGAGAAAUCAAGCGAAUGAGCAUACAACAUUUGUUUGUUU